AUGAUACUAUUUCGAUUGGCCAUAGCUUUGCUGACUAUAUAAAGUUGUUCAUCUCAAUCUACUCAAUGGGUAGUUACUCAUCACGAAGGGUGGGAUUCAGGGUUUAAUCAAUUUCAAUAAGAUGUAGGGUUAGUCACUGACUGCCAGCGUCCAAAUUAUUAAAUCAUUAGAUCAAAUCCUUACUUAUAGAAAACUAUUUCUUUUAGAAAUUUUAAACCUUUUGCUCAUUCCCUAGUAGUGAUUGAUUACUUAAGACCAUAGGGUAUGGAUGUGCAAAUCUAGAUAUAGAAUAAGACUUAUGAUCCAAAAGAAAUCGAUCAAAUAUAUGAACGAUAAAUUAUAGAUGAUUGUCUAGUGGGAGACAUUCAAUAUAUAGAGCAAACAUUUGUAUAGGAAAUAUUUGGGAAUUAAAUACAAGAACUCAAUAUUGUGUUGAUAGGAGGUUAGUCUAAAAAAGGUAUAUUUACUGCUGCAAGUGAUUAAAAAAUUGCAAUCAAAUAAAUACACAUACUAUAACUACAAUGUCCUGAAUUUUGUGAAAGAUGUGUAUAUUAAGAUAAUGCGGCAGUUUGCACUUAAUGUAAUGAGGGUUUUGAAACUCAUGGUUCACCAAGAUGUACUUGCAGUGGAUUUAAUUAAAAUGGCAUUUGUGUUGAAAAGUGCUUUGACGGAUUUUCACCAGAUUUUUACGAUAUAUGCCAAAACAGAGAAAUUAUCAAGACCAUCAAAGCUUAAUAAAAUCUGAGAAAGAAUUAUAGAAAAGAUGAACCAUUGGAAUUGGAAUUCGAUUUGGAAAGCUAUAGAGCCUUUGAAAUAGACAUGGAAGUCUAAAUUUAUAACUUUGAUUAUUUAUAAAUCUUCUAAUUUACAAUGAAUGAUGGACUUUAUGCAUAUUAUUUGAAUAUUGAUGGUGACAAUAAUUCUAUAAACUUUCAAGAAAUAUCUUAUAGAGACUGUGAAUCUGAAUAAUUUUGCUAAAUCUAUCAUUUUAAAUCAAAAAUAUUAUAACUAGAACAAAGUAAACUCAACUUAUAAGUUCAAUUAAGUGAAGAUUAAUAUCCUAUAUAAUUUGAAAAUGAAUAGCAGAAAAAAAUUAAUACAUAUUGGAAACUAGUAAAUUUAAAUAUAAAUGUCUUGAUGAUUCAAAACACGAUUUCACAUUUUGAACAUUGUUCAGAAAUAGCUAAAUUUGGAUUCUCUGAAAAAUGCAUUAAAUGUUAGGCUCCAUUCAUUGCUUUAGAUGGAUAAUGUGUUGAGAAAUGCCCAUUCUAAUCACCUCUAGGUGAGGAUUUAUGUUUUGAUUCCGAUAUUCAGAAUACUCAAAUAUGGUAACUUGAUGUAUUCAAAAAUUAAAAUCAAUACUAAAAUGAAAAAUAUUGGUUUUAUAAUGAGGAACCUUUAAUUAGUAUUUCUUAGCCACAAACUUAUAGGUACCAAUAUUUGAAACCACAUUAUGGAAUAUCAAUAUAAACAAAGAUCUUAUUUAUUAAUGAGAAUUCAAAAUUCGUUAUCGUUUUGGAAGAUCAGUAAAUAGUGGUUACUCCAAGUAAUAAGGAUUAAUACAAUUAAGGUAACUAGAAUAAAUCUGAUUCAUUUGUAUAUCUUAAUUAAUUUAUUCCUCAUAAUGAUAUAGAACUCAGCUUUUAAAUCCAAUCUUCAUAAAUGGUAGGCUAAUCUUAUAUUACUAAUACUGUGUUGUUAGUUCAUUAAUGCACUCGUUAUUGCAAGUCAUGCAGCGGUCCAAAGAAAUCAGAUUGCUUAGAAUUUGAAACAGAACUUCAUGAAUUUAAUGCUAUAACUAAACAAUGCAAUGCAGGAUAUUUUGAAACAAAAGGAGAGUAUUGCAUUCCUUGUGCAAUCGCUGAUUGUCUUGUUUGUUCAGAUGGCAUUGGUUGCUAGUAAUGCUAAUUAGGGUGCAAAUAAACAAAGUAUGGAAGAUGUGAUUGCAAUUGA